CCACUACAUCAUCAUUUCUUAACCGGUCCAAAACAAUACAGACACAUUUCUAAACACACCGACCUAGCCGCUGCCAAAUUUGAGGUUUAUACAAACUUUAAUCCCUUUAUAGUUUCUCGAAUGAAAUCGGUUUAUCUUCCUCUGCACAGUUGCCUUCUCCAAUCAUCAAUUCUUCAGUCUUCAAGGAUGUAAUCAGAUCUAUUUUUCAUCUUCUGCAAACUUUUUAAAUUUCAGUUCCGAUGAUGAGUGUUACUUAGAUGUAAUCGAUUGGACUAUCCCAUAUCUUAGAAUCAACCAAUGAACUGAAUCUGGUAAGUUCUACACAUUUUAAUGUAUUUUUCUAACACUUUUUUGUUGGACCAUUUCAUACCAAAGAAUCAACCAAAUCUUUUCUAGGAAUUUCUUAGAUAUAAAUAUAUAAUCGAUUCAUCUUCAGCCAAUUAGUCAGCUACAAUUUUGUCUUAUCACACUCAGUUUAUGUAUAUGAGCGUACUUCUUAUUUUGUAAUAUGGUAAUUAUGGUUUUGAUUAUAUUGAAUUCCUCAGUCGUCUUGCUCUGAUCGGCACCUUGUAAGCAUUCUCUCGAUCAAAGACGCUCAGGCUUGGCAAUCUGAUUCUUAAUAUCUCACGAAUCCUAGUACCAUAUAUACACAUUAAAUUAGCUAUUAGAUUUCAAUUAAUAAAAUAUCACCUUAGACCUAGAUAAUGUGGAGAAGAAAUGUGUUUACCUCUAAAUCCAAAAAUUGCAUUCAAUAGAAGGUGGUUGUGCAUCACACGCACUUUAAGUGCCACAUAGACUAUACCGCCAAUAAUAAUAAUAAUAAUAAUAAUAAUAAUAAUAAUAAUAUAAUAAUAAUAAUAAUAAUAAUAAUAAUAAUAAUAAUAAUAAUAAUAAUAAUAAUAAUUCAAUAGCCGCCGCUGCGAUGUGGAUCCACCGCAUUUCAGCAUGAGACCGCCAUUGGUGUUGGUUAUUCGGUUUUAAUCCAGUGAGUUUUCUUCUUGCUCGAUGCUUUUUUAGCAGUUGGUCCCGGGUUUUAUCCCGGAGUUUGUUUGUCUCCCUCGUUUGUGGGGAAGUUUUGUUUCCUCGCUGGUGCAAACUUGGUCGGGUGUAUAUCGUUUCGGCAUUGAGAUGGGAUGCGUUAGUUGGAAUUGCCGAGGGUUAGGGAAUUUGGCUACGGUCCAAGUUUUGGCUGAUGUCGUAGCAACUCAUCGUGCAUCCAUCAUUUUCCUCAUGGAAACGCUGACAGACAGUUCAAAAAUGGAGAGCAUACGAAGAAGUUUGGGCUUCCAUCAAGUUUUUGCCGUGGACUGUGUGGGUCGAAGUGGGGGGCUGGCCAUGCUGUGGAAGGACGAUCAUAUCAUCAAUAUUGAGAGUUCGUCGCGUAAUCACAUCGAUGUAUUAGUGACAGGCGGACCAAAUCAAAUGUCAUGGAGAUUUACUGGGUUUUAUGGUUUCCUGGAGAGUGAUCGGCGUAGAGAGUCCUGGGAUCUUCUAAAACGGUUAGCAACUGAUAGUGAUCUCCUGUGGUUAGUGGUGGGAGAUUUCAACGACAUUAUGCAUGCACACGAAAAACGAGGGAGAUGCUCUCGGCCUCCGUGGAUGAUGGCGGGAUUUCGGGACGCGGUCUGGGGUAGUGGAUUGAUAAACUUCCCUUUUGAUGGCUACCAAUUUACCUGGGAAAGGGGAAGAGGCACACUUGCAUGGGUUGAAGUGAAACAUGAUCGGGUGCUAGCAUCGGAAGGGUGGAUUAAUAUGUUCGAUGAUGCUUGAGCCACGUCGGUUGUUAGUAGCAACAGUGAUCACAUGCCUUUGUAUGUGAAAUUUUGCAGACGUGAGGUUAACCGGAGAAGGAGUUUUAAAUUUGAAAAUCUUUGGCUAAGAGAAAAAGAAUGUCGUAGCAUUGUGGAAAGGGCUUGGGGCUACUGUGAGUUCCAACCAUUACAUGCCAGGCUCCAUUUUGUGUGGAAGAGUUGGACAAGUGGGGGAGAAGCUUACAUUGGGGCUUCCAAUGGAGGGCUGCAAAAAGAAGACGGGGGAUCUGCGGGGAAGGACGAAUGUAGCUAGUUUGGCUAAUUAUGCUAAAACUAUGGAGCAUUAUUUACUGUUACUUGAGAAGCAGAAUGAUUUUUGGAGGCAGAGGCAAAAGAGUUCUGGUUACAACAUGGGGAUGUGAAUACUAAAUUUUUUCACAAUUCAGUUAAGCAGCGCAAAAGAAGAAACAUGAUGAAGGGAUUAAGGGCGAGUUCGGGCGAAUGGGUUACUGAAAAAGGGGCAGUGCGGAAUAUGGUAUUCGAGUAUUUUGAGCACAUCUUUUCACAGAGUGAGAUAACCCCAUUGCAGGGCAUGGGGGGGGGUCUCGAUGCAUGAUUACUGAUGACCAGAACUCCCUUCUAUUGCGAGAGGUGACUGAGGAGGAAGUCAAGGCGGCAGCUUUUAGCAUGCAUCCUGAUAAAGCGCCAGGGCCGGAUGGUUUAAAUCCAGGUUUUUUAAAAUCCUUUUGGGACGUGGUAGGACCGGCGGUAGUUGAUUUUUGUGCUAAUAUUUUUCGGUCUGGACGUUUGCCGGAGGGAUGUAAUGACACUACUACCAUUGUGCUUAUACCAAAGAAGGACCAACCUCAGUCUAUUGGGGAUUGGCGACCGAUAGCGCUCUGCAAUGUUGCUUAUAAAUUUUUUGCUAAACUGCUUGCAAAUCGUAUGAAAAAGUUGCUUGACCCGAUUAUAGCUGAAAACCAGAGUGCCUUUAUUCCGGGUCGGUCGAUUGUUGAUAAUAUUAUUCUUGCUUUUGAGGUUCAGCAUUUUUUAAAACGGAAAACGCAAGGCAAAGUGGGAUAUGUGGCGUUGAAGCUUGAUAUGGCAAAGCGUAUGACAGGGUGGAAUGGAUUUUUUUUUGGAAAAUAUGAUGUAUCGGUUGGGGUUUACAGAGCGCUGGAUUCAGUUAAUUAUGCAGUGUGUAAUCACGGUUCACUAUAAUAUCCAGGUUAAUGAUGAGAUUGUUGGCCCUAUUAUUCUGGCACGGGGAAUCAGACAAGGGGAUCCGCUCUCACCCUAUUUAUUUAUUAUGAUUGCUGAAAGGCUAUGUUCUCUUAUCCGAGUGGGGGAGGCCGAGAGACAAAUUCAGGGUGUUCGCAUAGCCAGGGGAGCACCGGCUUUAUCUCAUUUACUGUUUGCCGAUGACAAAUUUCUUUUUUCAGGGCUAAUGAGGUUGAUUGCACGUUCAUUAAAGAAAUGUUAGCUAUGUACUCUAAAGCGUCGGGCCAGAUGGUGAACUAUGAUAAAUCAAGUGUUCGAUUCAGUGCAAAUGUGGCAUGGGAUGAUAAGGAUUAUCUGUCCAGUAUACUGGGUGUACCGGAGGACAAAGGGGGCGGUAAGUAUCUGGGGCUUCCAUCCAUGGUGGGGCGUAAUGAAAAGGAAAUUUUUGGGUACAUAAAAGAGAAGGUUAUUCAGAGGAUACAGAGUUGGAAUAACAGGUUUUUAUCUCGAUCGGGUAGAGAAGUCCUUCUUAAAACGGUUAUUCAGGCCAUGCCUCAAUAAAAGAGAAGGUUAUUCAGAGGUCAUGCGUUCAAAGGCAAGGGUAUUAGAUGGUGGAGAUGGGCCGAUCUGUAUGCCCCUAAGAGCUCUGGAGGGAUGGGCUUUAGGAGGCUUCGGGAUUUUAAUAUUGCUAUGCUAGGGAAGCAGGUGUGGUGUAUUAUUAAACAACCGAACUCUUUUAUUAGUAGAAUAUUGCGGGCAAGAUAUUUUCCUAGGGGGGAGGUGCUUGAGGCGGGUGUGGGGAGCAGCCCCUCUCUUAUAUGGCGCAGUAUUGUCGCAGCAUUGCCUGCGGUUCGGGAUAGGCUGAUGUUCCGUAUUGGCUAUGGUACUAGCAUACGUGUUUGGAAAGAUAAAUGGAUUCCUUUUGAUGGAGGGGGGAGAACGGCAGGAGGCAUGAUUAGUGAACUUGAAGAUACUACGGUGAAAUCUUUAAUGAAGGAGGAUGGGAGCAAUUGGGAUUGUGAUGUUUUGCGGGAUAUUUUUAAUGAAGAGGAUUGCGAAGCUAUCUCGGGGAUACCAUUAAAAGGACUUCACGGGAAGGACGAAUUGAUUUGGGCGGCUGAAAAGAAUGGGAAAUACUCAGUUCUUAGUUGCUACCGGAUGCUUUCACCGCAUGUCGAAAAUAGGCAGGCAUGGACCCAAGUAUGGAAGCUGAAUCUACCACCUAAAAUGAAAACUUUUUUCUGGCAGGUGUGUACGGACUGUUUACCGUCUAAGGAGCGGUUGCUUCAGAGACGAGUGCCGGCGUGGCUGGUUUGUAGCACGUGUGGUGUAGACAGGGAGAGUACGCUGCAUGUUUUUCGGGAUUGUGUGCUAGCAAAAGAGGUGUGACGGAGCCAAAAUAAAUCUUUUUUGCAGGUUGGGGCUACAAAUUUCGCAGCAUGGGCUGAUGCAGUCAGCGGCAGGUGUUCCAAGGAAGAGCUGGAACAAUUUGUGUUGAUUUGUUGGAGUUUAUGGAAGUCUAGAAAUGAUAAAUCAUGGAAGAAUAUUAGCACUAAUUGGAGGGGUGUAAUAGCCAGGGGAGAAAUGAUGAUGGCUGGGUGGAAGGAAGCUCGGGUUCAGCAGAGUGACUGGAAAGCUAGCUCCGGGGGGGGGGGGGGGGGGGGGGCAGCGCGCGGGGGAGGUGAUGGCACACAAGGCAAAUGGCAGCCUCCGGGAAUGGGCGUUUAAAGAUAAAUGUCGACGUGGCGGUUAAUUCGCAUGGGGAUUGACGGGGACUUGGAUUAGUAGCAAGGGAUGAUAAAGGUUCGUUCAUAGCAGGUAGAAGUGUCCGGGAACAGGGACGUUUCUCAGUCAGCACAACAGAGGCCUUAGCGAUUCGUGAGGCAGUUUUAUGGGCUGCACAAGCUGGGUGGGCUGAAGUGAUUGUUGAGUGGGAUGCUAAGGCUAAUUUAAAAAUGUGAAUAAAAGUGAAUAUUUUGUGAGUAUCUGAUUGUUGAGUCGGAUUCUUGACAAUUUUUGUCUACAGACUAACUUUUAAAAUGUGAAUAAAAGUUAUAGUUCGUACAAUAUUUUUUCCUAGACUAAUUUAUAUUUUGUGAGUAUCUGAUUUAUUCUUUAAUGAAAUAGUGAGAGUAAUGAAUAAUAUAUAAAAAGUAGGAGAAGAGUGGAAAAAUAUGAAAGUAGUCAAAAUAAGAGUAAUUUUCUAUUUUUAAAAAGGAAAAUUUACUGAAAAGGGAAUGUGUGGAAAAUAAAAAAAACAAAAAACAAAAAAUAAGAGUGCGUGAAUAAUAGAAGCAAAGUAAAAAGAAAAGGAGGAAGAUAAAUUUGAACAUUCUAGUGAAAAAAAAGAAAAGAAAUUAAAAAACAAAAACAAAAAAGAAAGAAAGUCAGCGAGAUCUUGAGAUUAGGGAGACUACGUAUAACUUUGUAUAUGUAGAGUACGAAAGUAUUGUCCAAAAACAACCGUCAACCGACAUUUUUUGUUUAUAAAAUUAGGGUGCACAAAAUAUUUAAGGAAUCAUAAAAAAAAUAUUUAAGGAAAAAAGUAAUAAGAGUAAUGAAUAGUGUAGAUAAUUCAUACAUUAAGAGAGAAAGUGGGAAAAUAUAAAAAUGAAAGUCAUAUAAAGGGAGUAUAUAUUAAUGAGAAGUAAAGUAAAAAUAAGGAGACAAAUUUGUACAUUAUUAUAAGUACUGUAAUGCUACAUAGUUGAAGACAAAAGAAUACGGAGUAAAAAGAAAGAAAAGGAAAAGAAGAAACAAAAAUGAUGUUUGUACUCACUUUUGUACCUACUUUUGUACUUAUUUAUGUUUGUGAAGUGUUUUUUUUUCUGUGGACCCCAGUUCACAAACAAUAUUUUGCACAAACAAAAUAUUGUCUGUGAACCGUGUGGACAGACACAAAAAAUACUUUACAAACAUGGUGGCAGGGGCGGAUGUGGGCUCUAGCCCAACCCAAAUAUUUUUCUUUAAAUUAGUAUAGGUAAAGCCCAAAGGUCCAGCCCAUCCCGAAUUUAAUCCCAGCCCAGCCCAAGCUUAAUACCAGAUUAUUCUGGUCAAGCAAACCUGCGACUUCUUGUGUGAACAAGGCGGCAGUUUGGAAGUAAAAAAUGACUGAUUUUUGCGAGAAGAUGCAGUCCACAUAAUCGAACCCAUAAACCUCUGGCAAGUAACUCAACAUCUUAUAUUCUUAUCCACUAUUCCACCCCAACAUGUUGUUGAAGUUUGCACCUUUGUCAAUAUUAUAACUACCAUUGUAAAUCACAAAGCAUUUUUAAGCAUUAAUUAAUUAGUUAAUUAAAAAAAUUAUAAUAAAAAUAACAAUGGAAACCCACC